AGUCAUGAUUGUUGUUGUCAUUCAUUGCAAAUUUAUAAUUAAUUUAAUUGCGUUGUUUUGUAUUUAUUUCUGUGUAUAAUAAUCACGCCAUCAUGGCAUUAGUUUUAAGGAGGUCAUAUUUAAAAGCAAGAGAACAUUUGAUUCCCAACCCAAAACAGAAAAUGCAAAUACCUUCAUGCCUCUUUGCGUUACUCAACAACCGUUCUUUUGGAGACAAUAAAGGCAAUAAUCCUGACUUUAUUAACAGCACAAUUUUAGUAGAAAAUGGAUUUAAUGUUCAAGAGCUUCCAGUAGUUGUAAGGAAGCUGAAAAAUAUAUCUGAAAUGGAUGAUGGGGCGUCCUCAGAGGAUACAAAACCGAAGGUCGAUCCCGCUAACUAUCAUCUUAUUCAAGCCGAAUUUAAGCAAUGCGUUGACCUGAGGGAUGUAUUUUCCUUGCUGUCAAAAUGUACUAAAAUUACACCCAACAUAGCUUUGGGGGCAAUGGAAAGAAUUUAUGAUUUAGAAAAAGAGCCUCACGCUUUAAUGGACCUGAAAGGUAACCACAUCCACAUGGCUAAGGGUGCUAUAUUAGAUAAAUUACUAAAAGUUGUGAUGAAGACUGAAGAUACACAAACUAUCAUAAAUAUAUUGAAGUCAAUUUCUACAUUCAUGGAGCCUUACAAAAACCAAUUUUGUGAUGAAUUAUUGUUCAGAGCGAUUGAUAACAAGUUGUCUAUAGAGCAACUUUGCACAUUUAUUGAAUUCCUUGCAGAAAAUAAAGCAAAUCCAAAGUAUAUUGAAACUAUUGACAAAUUGUGGGUUGGUUUUGUACAGAAAGAGAGUGAUAUAGAUGAAUCAAAUAUAGCUCUGAUGUUUAGCAUAUUGCCUGGAUUAAAAGUAAGCAAAAGGAUUGUUUUGUCUUUACUGGAACAAAAAUUGACAGAUCUAUGGCAGAAAAUAAAGGUGCCAGUGAUGCAAGAAAUCCUUAACAGCUUUGUUGAAGAAAAAUAUUUGUCUAUGCAGUCAUUUGCUUUGGUUAGCAGAUGGGUACACACUAACAUACAUGCUCUGGAUGAAGACUCAUUCUUGGAUGUGGUGUCCAAACUAACAAGACUCAAAUAUACUGAUGACCAGAUAGAAAAUGCAGUUGAAAAGUAUGUUAAAUUAAAGAUAAAUAAAAUAGAAUCACAUGUAUUGAUUGUAGGUAUUUUAAAUUAUUGCAUGCAAUUUCAAAUACGUAAUGCUCAGAUUUUGAAUUCUUGUAGUGAGUUUUUUGUAAGAAAUGCAAGAAUUAUCCCUCCAAGUUUUCUAAAGUUGUACAUUUAUCCAUUUGGAUACCUUAGUUUUGACCCAAAAAAUAGUUUGCAGUUUUGGAAAACAGCUGAAAAUGUAGUAAAUUAUAAUUUUUAUAAGAUAAAUAUAGAGGAUCUGUGCUCAAUCAUUUUGUCCUAUAUUUAUUUAGGAAAAUAUCCAUUGAAAUUAGUAAGUAAGAUUUUUAGCUCAGAGUAUUUAUCAAAGGUAAAUAAGUCUGAGGCUUUAAAAAGUCUACAUUUGAUAGAUACUGCUUUGUCUUUAGAGUGCAAAGAUUACUCAGGCCCUUUAUUGCCAAAAGACCAGUGGUAUAAACCUGUUAAACAAGAUAUCCGGAUACAGAAUAUUGUCACUAAAAUUCACAGUAGCCUUGUAACUGCUGCUGGUGGUGCUGAAAAAUUGUCUGUUGAUGUGACUAUCCCACAUUUUUCAGACAAAACUUAUUUAAUUGAUGUAAUGUGCCACCCUGCUGGGCUGGAUACUACUGUUAACUGGAAUAGACAGACAUCUAGGAAUGAAAACAUAGCAAUAUUGAUUCAUUUGCCUGACCAUUACUGCUCAGAUAAUGAACAAUUGGUUGGGCCUCAAAUUAUGAGAAAGAAGCAUUUGAGAAUAUUAGGUCUAAAAGUUGUAAGUGUGAAAUAUUCAACCAUUAGUCAAUAUUAUACAUCUUACAAUAACAACAAUUUACAAAAAUAUCUGAUGGAGUGCAUUGAUAAUGCAGAAGAAUCCUUUUAAAUGAAUGAUUUCAUAAGUCAUAAUAGUGGUAUUCAUAAUAUUAUUUAAUUUUAUUAUGUUAAUAUAUUUAAUUAUCCUAAAAUAACUAAAAGAUUCACUAAUAUGUAGAAUGGAUUUAUUACAAAUCCAUAAUUAUUAAAAAAAAAUCUUACCUAACUACAUUUAAGUUAAAUAUUAUAAAGAAACACCUGCUUGUGUACAGCACCAUCUCUAAAAUCUAAAUUUCUAAUUAUACAUUAUAAUCAUAGCAUUAAGUAUGAUAUGUAACAUAGAAUAUUAUUGAUAGGAUGUGUUAUAUGUAUAU